AUGCCUCCACUUAGUCACCAGCAGCUUGCCGCCGCCGUCCUCAUGUUCCAUCGGCCAUCAAGAGUAUCGCCCAUGCAUGACGCCCGCCGUUCGCAACCUGAGUCUCGUCGCUAUGGACUCCCUCGCUCACCAACACUCGACAUCGUAGAUAGGUUUCCCCUCGUGGCCGUUGUCCAACACGACCCCUCUCAGCACCCGAAUUGUGAAGAGUCCACUCUCAGCUCGACAGGGGCGCCUCGGUCGUUGCGCGCGCCUGCUAGCCUGGCCCCUGUGGUGGGGACUUAG